GCGUCCUUCUUAAUCAUGGCCGCAGCAGGAGCAACUUAUAUGUUUGGUUUAUACUCAAAUGAUAUCAAGAGAAACCUUGGUUAUGAUCAGACGACACUAAAUUUAUUAAGUUUUUUUAAGGAUUUAGGUGCAAAUGUUGGAGUACUAUCUGGUUUAAUCAACGAAGUAACACCUCCAUGGGUAGUUUUAUCUAUUGGCGCUGGUAUGAACUUUGCUGGUUAUUUCAUGAUAUGGCUAGCGGUAACUGGCCGAAUAGCGAAACCAGAAGUUUGGCAAAUGUGUCUUUACAUUUGUAUGGGUGCUAAUUCACAAGCAUUUGCUAAUACUGGUUCACUAGUGACUUGUGUUAAAAAUUUCCCUGAGAGUAGAGGAGUUGUUUUAGGCUUGUUAAAAGGUUAUAUGGGUCUAAGUGGUGCUAUUAUAAGUCAACUUUAUCAUGCACUUUAUGGUGAAGAUUCAACGGGUUUGAUUCUACUUAUUGCUGCUCUUCCUGCCGUUAUUUCCAUGUUGUCCGUUCAUACUAUUCGGAUUAUGAAAGUUAUUCGACAAGCUAAUGAGUUGAAAGUGUUUUAUAAUUUCCUUUACAUAUCAUUGGGACUUGCUGGAUUUUUAAUGGUUAUUAUCAUCAUUCAGAAAACAGUUCCUGGUUUUAAUAGGGCCGAGUAUGGUGUUAGUUCAGCUGUCGUUGUACUCUUUCUAUUUGCGCCACUUGUUGUUGUCAUUAAACAGGAAAUUCAGCUAAGAAAGAGUAAAAAUCAGCAAGAAAUAUCAAACACUUAUGAAGAUCAUCAAAUUACAAAAGUAACUAUUGAACUUCCACCGAGUUCUCAACCAGAACCAGAGCCAAGUUUACCCGUUCCAUCACAAGUCAAGGAAAAGUCGUGUUUCUCGACGAUGUUUGAGCCACCCAACAGAGGUGAAGACUACACUAUCCUACAAGCACUCUUUAGUAUCGAUAUGUUGAUACUGUUUCUGGCUUCCAUAUGUGGUGUUGGUGGGACGUUAACAGCAAUUGAUAACUUGGGCCAGAUAGGUUCUUCAUUGGGUUAUUCUCCUACUGGUAUCAGCACUUUCGUGUCACUGGUGAGUAUAUGGAAUUAUUUCGGCAGAGUUUUUUCUGGAUUCGUUUCUGAGAUUCUCUUAAGAAAAUAUGGAUUCCCUCGACCUUUGAUGCUCUCAAUCAUAAUGUUGUUUUCUUGCGUGGGUCAUCUGUUGAUUGCUUUCGCUUUCCCGGGUUCUGUUUACAUCGCCUCCGUGAUUAUUGGAUUCUGCUUUGGAGCUCAAUGGCCACUAAUGUUUGCUAUCAUCUCUGAAAUUUUUGGUCUCAAAUAUUAUUCUACUCUAUCCAAUUUUGGGUCUGUUGCUAGUCCUAUUGGAGCCUAUUUACUAAACGUUAGUGUGACGGGGCAUCUUUAUGACGAAGAAGCUAAAAGACAAAUGAAAGCUUCAGGGCUCCAAACUCCAUCCGAUGGAGGAAAAGAUUUGCCAUGCCAUGGUGUUCAAUGUUUUAGACUAUCAUUCAUUAUGAUUACGGCUGCAACGAUUUUUGGAACUUUAAUCUCAUUGAUUUUAGUUUGGAGGACAAGAGCAUUCUAUAAGAGUGAUAUUUACAAGAAGUUCCGAGAAGCUUCAGAGCUGGUCGAGACUCAAAAUAUAACUGUAUCCAGAGAUGGCCAACAACCAACGUUAAGAGAUGACGAGAAAUUUACAAACAACUAG